AAUUUAAAAGAAUAUAAGAUACAUACAAUGUGUAACAGCACCGUGUCUGGUCUUUUCCGAUAAGCUCGUUCAUUGUUCCAAUGGCGACUUCAAAUCUUUCUCCUUCUUAAUCAUCAUCUUCACCCUUUUCUUUCUUUCUACCUCUCACACAAUUCUCAUAUAUGCACUCUCUUUUUGUUUCUCACCCACUAAACUACCAACCCUAUAACAUUCUUCCCUUGUGUACCUCACUCUUUUUCUCUCUCUUACUAUACUUUACAUGUUCAACAUGAAAGUGUUAAUCAAACUCAAAAAUGUUAACAUACUUUGGUAGUGGAUUUGAGCUUUUAUCUUGAACUUCUUCAACAACAAACAAAAAAACAAAAACAAAAAUUUAUAAUUUUUAUCCUAUUUUGCAUUCCAAGGAAAGACAAUUUCAGAAAUUCAGCAAUUCCCUGAAAAUCAGGCAGCAAAGAAGAUCUGUGAGGUGUUUAAGAGACACGGAAUUGUUGAUUAAUCAGCAACAACAACAACAACAAAAACUGGGUUUAUUUUCUUUCUUUUCUGUCUUUGUUUAUGAGGAAGUGGUUUGGUUUGCUUUUUGAAAGCGUUUUAUUCUGCAAAACUGCAAAAGGCUAAACAAGGUCCUCCUGACUUGGACCGUGAUAUAUCAGAGUGUAAAAAAAGUCCUUUUUUUCACUACACAGCCAAACAAGUCUCUGAAUUUUCAUCAUCAAUGCAAAGGACAUAUUAGCUAGCUAACCCCACAGACACACACUCUCUCUCUCUUUUCUCUCUCUAUAUUUGUGCACAAAAAAAAAGCCAAGUUGGUUUGUUUUUGCAAAGGCAUGAUUUUGGUAUGGAGGAGGAGGAUGAGAUUCAAGCGCAACAAUCAUGUAAAUUCCCAAGAGUUGGAAAUGAAGAAGAAAAUGGGAGUUUAAACAGGUUCAACAAUUGGCACCAUCAUUCAUCUAGAAUCAUAAGGGUGUCAAGAGCUUCUGGUGGAAAAGAUAGGCACAGCAAGGUUAUGACUUCAAAGGGUUUAAGAGACAGAAGGGUUAGGCUUUCUGUUACAACAGCUAUUCAAUUCUAUGAUCUUCAAGAUAGGUUGGGUUAUGACCAACCAAGUAAAGCUGUUGAAUGGCUUAUCAAAUCAGCUUCUGAUGCUAUUUCAGAAUUACCUUCACUCAACAACUCGUUAUUCUCUGAUAAUAAUAAUAAUAAUACUAACAAUCCGAGUGAACAAGGCGGCGUUGAUUCGGUUCAUGAUGCUGAAAUGGUUGUGGAGAAUGGUGAGAAUAAUUAUCAUCAAAGCCAGAAUCUUUCUUUGUCUAAAUCUGGUUGUAGUAGCACUUCCGAGACAAGUAAAGGUUCGGGUUUGUCUCUUUCGAGAUCUGAUGUUCGUGUGAGCCGCGUUAAGGCUAGGGAAAGAGCGAGAGAAAGAACGGCCAAAGAGAAGGAAAAGGAAAAUCAUGACAGUGUUAAUCCUCUUCAUCAUCAUCAACAUCAACAACACCAGAAUGUUAACUCUUCUUCCAUUUCUCAAACAGCUUCAUUCACUGAACUUCUUACGGGUGGAAUCAACAAUGCAGCAGCAAGGAGUCCAAGAAGGUCAGUUGAAGAAUCAAAUUUCUUCAACAAAGCUCGACAACAACAACAACAACAGCAGCAACAGCAUCAGCAACAACAGCAGCAAUGGAGUUCUUCUUCGGCGCCAAUGGAUCAUUACUUUAGUCCAGUGCUUAUAGGAACUCCUUCUUCAUCAAGAACACAUCAUCAUCAUCAUCAUCAACAUUUAGGACAUUCACUUCAUGAUCACCAAUCCAUGACAAUGUCUAAUUCAGUUUCACCCUUCAGCAGUGGUGAAAACCAGAAUCAGCAUCAGUUCUCAUUCAUACCUGAUCAUAUGAUGCAAAAUGUGGUUACUUCUUCUUCGACUCAACCAAGCGAUUAUAAUCUCAACUUUACUAUCUCAUCGGGCCUUGCUGGUUACAAUAGGGGGACCCUUCAGUCCAAUUCACCGUCUCUUUUGUCUCAUCUUCAGAGGUUUUCAGUUUCAUCUUUAGACGGAUCCAACAAUCUACCUUUUUUCAUGGGAGGAGGAGGAGGAGGUGCUGCUUCUACUUCUUCUUCUCCUGCUUCUGGUUCACCUGCAAUGGAGAACAAUCAUCCUCAUCCUCACCAUCACCACAACCAGAUUCAACACCAUCCAUUUUCAUCUGUUUUUGAUGGUAGCAGCUUGCAACUCUACUCAGAUCAGAAAGGAAAACCCAAAAACUGAAGAACCUCCAUUUUCUUCCUGCAGGACUCAAAAAAAUGGAGUACUGGGAGCAAGAUGUGGUUCCUGAUAAAGCUUGUCUUCACCAAAACAGUUGAUAUGCUAGCUGUUGGCAUGUUGUUAUCAAGUGUUGGUUUUUUUUUUCUUGUGGAAUCAUUUUCAAGUCGUUCUAUUUGGUUGAGUAUUUUUGGAUAUAAUUAAAUAUAUUUAUUUAUGUAUGUGUGCAAAGAUCAUUGUGUUUUGGAGAUUUGUAAAAGCUACUUAAUUUGACUUCUCA